CCACUGUCGAUGGCAGACACGGAUGACACAUCAACCAGUCUACCAUGUAGAGAUGACUCAGAGACACAAUACUUUGAGACUGGACUUUCCCCCAAAGAGGAAUUCUCUGAGAAUUUGAAAGACUUUAGUGGAAUGGAAACCAGUCUGCAGCAUAAUGGGCCAGCAGAGAAUUUCCAUGCAAAGGCACAGUCCAGAUCCCCUGCAAAAGCUGGUGACCCAAAGUUCCUUAGCGAAUAUUAUGGGAAUUCGAGACUCCAUUUUCUAUCCACAUGGAAAGCAGAAUUCAAAGAAUAUAUAAAUGCGAUUCAAAAGAAGGGAGAUAAUUUUCCAGGGAGGGAAAAACUUAGGCAUGUUGUGCAAUCAAGGGAGGCAAACGCUUCCCAGUCUGAGCACAGCCACUUCACUUAUGUGAAGAAAUCUCAUGAACGGUGCAUUAUGCAUAUUGACAUGGAUUGCUUUUUCGUUUCCGUUGGUCUUCUUAAAAGACCAGACCUUAUUGGGAAGCCUGUGGCAGUGACACAUUCUCUGGGUAAAGGGGCCACGGUUGAUCCAAGGUCAGAUCUGGGGUUUGAAAGGAGGGAGUGGGCAAAAAAUGUGUCCAAUCAGAAGAGAGAAAAAUCUGGUUUGAAUGCUAAGAUGGACAGUUUAAAUGAAGAGAACAUGAGCUUCCCUGACCAAUCAGAAUCUGACACUGAUGAUGAUGUCACUGAUGAUGUCACAGAUGUCAGCAAUUUCUCCAGGACAUCUGAAUCAUUUCACUCCAUGGCAGAAUUAGCAUCCUGCAGCUAUGAAGCAAGAAAAGCAGGUGGUUGA